ACAUGCAGAAGCAAUUGCAUCAGCUAUUUUCAUAGAUACAUUAACCUUUCUCCUUCAUCUGUGCUUCACCUGUGCUUGUUCUAUCGUUCACUUGCUUUGAGUCUUUUAAAUUUGCAGGCUCACUAAGGACAUCAAGGCAUGUCGAUUAAUAUGUCAGAAAAACAAUUUCUUUUCACAUCAGAAUCUGUUGCUGAAGGGCAUUCUGAUAAGAUAUGUGAUCAGAUAAGUGAUGCUGUGCUGGAUGCCCAUCUCAGUAUUGAUCCAGAUGCUAAGGUUGCCUGUGAGUGUGUAGCAAAAACCGGAAUGAUUUUGCUUUGUGGAGAGAUCACAUCCCAGGCUACAGUAGAUUACCAACAAAUUGUAAGGGAGACCCUUAAGAAGAUAGGGUAUGAUGACUCUUCCAAAGGACUGGACUAUAAGACGUGCACAGUUUUAGUGGCCUUGGAACAACAAUGUAAAGAGAUCAAGCAUGCUGUUUCCCAUGGCAAGAGUGAUGAUGACAUUGGGGCAGGGGAUCAGGGUUUGAUGUUUGGCUAUGCUACUGAUGAAACUGAGGAAUGUAUGCCCUUAACAGUCCUUCUGGCACAUAAACUGAUGGCAAGCAUAAAGGCUCUGGAACAGAAUGGAACAUGGCCCUGGGUUAGGCCUGAUGGGAAAGCACAGGUCACAAUGGAAUACAAGGAGACUAAUGGUGCACUGGAGCCCCUCCGAGUGCAUACACUUGUAAUUUCAGUACAUCAUGCUCCAGAUAUACCUUUGCAGCAAAUAAAGAAGGAGCUAAUGGAGAGAGUUGUUAAAAAAGUCAUUCCAGAGAAGUAUCUUGAUGAGGACACAAUUUAUCAUCUCCUUCCAAGUGAAAAGUUUGUAGAAGGUGGUCCUAAGAGUGAUGCUGGACUGACUGGCAGGAAGAUCAUUGUUGAUACAUAUGGAGGUUGGGGAGCUCAUGGUGGAGGUGCAUUCUCUGGAAAAGAUCCUUCCAAAGUUGAUCGUUCUGCAGCAUAUGCGGCUCGCUGGGUUGCAAAAUCUCUGGUGAAAGCUGGUCUCUGUAAAAGAGUAUUGAUCCAGCUAUCAUAUGCUAUUGGUCUGAGUCAUCCUCUUGCAAUCUCAGUGUUUCAUUAUGGAACAUCAAACAGAUCUGAAGAAGAACUGCUUGAGAUUGUGAAGAAAAACUUUGAUCUACGCCUUGGAGCUAUCAUAAGGGACCUGGAUUUGAAGAGGCCAAUCUAUCAAAAAACAGCGUGCUAUGGACAUUUUGGGAGAGAAGAAUUUACAUGGGAAAUACCCAAAAAGCUUGUGUAUUAAGCUUUUUGGAAUAUUUCAUGUAACUCUCAGGUGGUUUAACAGUCAGGUAAAACUUCAAGCUGUUCAAGAAAAUAUUUUAUCUGCCAUUCCAGAAGUACAUUCUGUAGUUAAUAAUUUACUGAAAAUUAUUUUAAAUUAAUUUCUAACUUUCCCAGUGGCCUUAUACUUUAAGUGCAUCCACUCUGUCUACCAUAUUCUUCAGCUUUGUCUUUAGAAAUGAGUUAAUAGUUUAGGCCUUUGGCUGUGUUCAAGAUACUAAGUGCACAGAUGGUUGUGAAAGUUGAAGUCAUUCCUGUUCUGCCAGGGAACCUCACUACUGCUUACCCAGGUAACUUUGUACUGGAGUGGCUGGAGUUAGUGAGGUGACUUCCAACAGUGCCUUGUGAGAGGAAAUGGGUAACAGCACAAAUUGCCAUAACUCUUUAUGACAGGACUUCCACAACUACAGCUUUACUUAUGGUCGUUCUAGUUCAAGAAAAUUAGUAA